AUUAUUCCUCUCUGGUCCAACCGUGGAUUUGGAUUCGAUAUAACGCAAAAGCAGAGAUUUCUUGUGCCCCGCGGGCGUCUUUUGGAAUGCUGUAUAGGGCGUUCUGAAGACUGAAAUUUUGUGAAAAAUAAUUGAGCAAAGCAGAGCUCAGAAAGAGAAUUGCAGCUAGGCGAUACUAGGGAUUCCUCGUCGCUGCUUCUCGCCGUCCGUUCUCUCAUCUUUCAGGCGGCACCUCCAUCGGUUGCAGCGUUCCUGUGACGCAGUGUCUCGGUUGAAGUUCCUCGGGGUCCGCCUGUGGCUCUCCCUCAAUGCUAAGUGCUCUAACGAAAGGGAAUUAGUUAUACUGUUUUGGUAAUUUCCCCUAGACUGUUGCAACAUGUCCGUCCCUCCUUUGGAGUGUCUGUAUAUUACAGAAGACCAUCUUCGGGAAUGGAAAAGUGGCAACACAAACUAUCGUGUUGCUGACCCUGUGCCCAUGCUUCGAUUCCUCUACGAGCUCAGCUGGACUAUGGUUCGGGGAGAACUCCCUUUUCAGAAGUGCAAACUGGCAUUGGAUUCAGUGGUGUUUGCAGAUUCGCUGUCAAAGGGCGAGUUGAGCUCUACCUUUGCUGAUAUAAUUACCCAAAUGGCUUUAGACCUUACAAUGCCUGGAGAUUACCGCGCACGUCUCAUAAAGUUGGCGAAAUGGUUGGUCGAAUCUGCGCUGAUUCCGUUGAGGCUGCUACAGGAGCGAUGUGAGGAGGAGUUUUUGUGGGAGGGAGAAAUGAUAAAGAUAAAGGCUCAAGAUUUGAAGGGCAAGGAGGUUAGAGUAAACACUCGUCUCCUUUACCAGCAAACAAAGUUCAAUCUGCUUCGAGAAGAGAGUGAGGGCUAUGCCAAACUGGUUACUCUUCUUUGUCGGGGAUCAGAAGAUACAACUGUAAAUGCAUCAGCCGCUACAAUAGGAAUCAUUAAGUCAUUAAUUGGCCAUUUUGAUUUGGACCCCAAUCGUGUUUUUGAUGUUGUUUUAGAGUGUUUCGAACUUCAGCCUGACAACAGAGUCUUCUUAGAACUAAUUCCCAUCUUCCCUAAGUCUCAUGCGUCACAGAUUCUUGGUUUUAAGUUUCAAUAUUAUCAAAGGAUGGAAAUACACAAUGCUGUACCCUUUGGGCUCUAUCAACUAACAGCUUUGCUGGUGAAGAAGGACUUCAUUGAUCUAGACAGCAUAUAUGCUCAUUUGCUUCCCAGGGACGAUGAGGCCAUAGAGCAUUAUCAUGCAUUUUCCUCCAGGCGAUUAGAUGAGGCCAACAAGAUAGGGAAGAUAAAUUUGGCUGCCACGGGGAAGGAUCUUAUGGAUGAAGAGAAGCCAGGAGAUGUUACUAUUGAUCUUUUUGCUGCCUCAGAUAUGGAAAGUGAGGCAGUGGCCGAGCGAUCUGCUGAACUGGAAAAAAGUCAAACUUUGGGCCUACUUGGUGGUUUCCUUUCAGUCGAUGACUGGUAUCAUGCCCAGAUGUUGUUCGAUCGCCUUUCUGUGCUUAAUCCUGUGGCACAUGUUCAAAUAUGUUAUGGUUUGUUCAGGCUCAUUGAAAAGGCCAUCUCUUCAGCAUAUGACAUUGUUCGCCAGUCACAUUUUCAAUUGUCCGAGUCUCCUACAGUGGCUGGGGUUGAUGUUAUGGAUGCAAGUGCUCAUAAGAGAUGCUCAGUUUCUCUUCCGAAGGAACUCUUCCAGAUGUUGGCUGCUGUUGGACCUUACCUUCAUCGCGAUACAAUAUUGCUCCAGAAGGUGUGUAGAGUUUUAAGAAUAUAUUACUUGUCAACUCUUGAACAUGCAACCGACGGUGAUGGAGCUGCACAUUCUCAACCUACAUCUGGAAAUCAAGCCUGUCGCCAGCUCCUAAGGGAUGCUAGGUCAAGAAUUGAGGAAGCUUUAGGAUCAUGUUUGCUUCCUUCCUUACAGUUGAUUCCUGCAAAUCCAGCAGUUGGGCAGGAGAUUUGGGAAGUUAUGAGUCUCCUUCCAUACGAGGUACGUUAUCGGUUAUAUGGCGAAUGGGAAAAAGACGAUGAGAAGAAUCCGAUGGUUUUGGCAGCAAGGCAAACAGCUAAGUUGGAUACUAGAAGGAUCUUGAAAAGACUUGCAAAGGAAAAUUUGAAACAGCUAGGCAGGAUGGUUGCUAAACUUGCACAUGCAAAUCCCAUGACUGUUCUUCGGACUAUUGUUCAUCAGAUUGAGGCGUACAAAGAUAUGAUUACUCCAGUUGUAGAUGCGUUCAAGUAUCUGACACAGCUUGAGUAUGACAUCUUGGAAUAUGUGGUGAUUGAGCGCUUGGCUCAGGGUGGUCGGGAUAAGCUAAAAGAUGACGGCCUUAAUUUGUCGGACUGGCUCCAGUCGUUGGCGUCAUUCUGGGGUCACCUGUGCAAGAAGUAUCCAUCAAUGGAGCUAAGGGGUCUUUUCCAGUACCUUGUGAACCAAUUGAAAAAAGGCCAAGGAAUUGAGCUUGUACUUCUCCAGGAGCUCAUUCAGCAAAUGGCCAAUGUCCAGUACACCGAGAAUCUGACAGAGGAACAGUUAGAUGCCAUGGCAGGGAGUGAAACUCUUCGUUUUCAGGCUACUUCUUUUGGGGUAGCACGAAAUAAUAAGGCGUUAAUCAAAUCUACUAACAGACUCCGCGAUUCAUUGCUUGCAAAGGACGAACCAAAGCUGGCCAUCCCCCUUCUGUUGCUUAUAGCUCAACACCGUUCAGUAGUUGUCAUAAAUGCAGAUGCACCAUACAUUAAAAUGGUUUGCGAGCAAUUUGAUAGAUGCCAUGGAACUCUUCUUCAAUUUGUGGAAUUCCUAGGCAGUGCAGUGACCCCAGCCACUGCUUAUGCAAGAAUGAUUCCUUCUCUAGAUGAUCUUGUUCACCAGUACCAUCUCGAUCCCGAGGUUGCUUUUCUGAUAUACCGCCCAGUAAUGAGGCUCUUCGGGUGUGAGGGGAGUUCUGAUGUUUUUUGGCCUUUAAGCAACAAUGGAGCUGCCCGUGCUGCAAGUGCUGAUAUGGAGGCUGAACCAACUGAAUAUUCUGCAAAAUUGACUCUUGAUCUUGGGUCUUCUAAGAAACCUAUAAUGUGGUCAGAUUUGCUUGAAACUGUGAAGACCAUGUUACCUUCGAGGGCUUGGAACAGCCUCUCUCCAGAUCUUUAUGCAACUUUCUGGGGGCUAACCCUUUAUGAUCUUUAUGUUCCUAGAAGUCGUUAUGAGUCAGAAAUUGCGAAGCUGUAUUCUUCUCUUAAGGCUUUGGAAGAGCUUUCUGAUAAUUCAAGCUCAGCUAUUGCCAAAAGGAAGAAAGACAAGGAGCGCAUUCAAGAAUCUCUAGAUCGUUUGACUAGUGAACUCCAAAAGCAUGAAGAAAAUGUUGUAUCUGUUCGCCGGAGGCUUACCCAUGAAAAGGACAAAUGGUUGAGUUCAUGCCCUGAUACUUUAAAAAUUAAUAUGGAAUUCCUUCAACGCUGUAUUUUUCCACGCUGCACUUUCAGCAUGCCUGAUGCUGUCUACUGUGCUGUGUUCGUACAUACUCUACAUUCCCUUGGGACACCGUUUUUCAAUACUGUAAACCACAUUGAUGUUCUCAUAUGCAAGACCUUGCAACCUAUGAUAUGUUGCUGUACUGAAUAUGAAGCUGGCAGACUUGGGCGUUUUUUGUACGAGACACUGAAGAUUGCUUACCACUGGAAGAGUGAUGAAUCUAUAUAUGAACGUGAGUGUGGAAACAUGCCAGGGUUUGCUGUUUAUUAUAGGUUUCCGAACAGCCAACGUGUUACAUAUGGCCAAUUCAUUAAGGUGCACUGGAAAUGGAGUCAGAGAAUCUCACGACUGUUGAUACAGUGCCUAGAAUCAUUGGAGUACAUGGAAAUCAGGAAUGCUCUCAUUCUGUUGACAAAAAUCUCAAGCGUUUUCCCUGUGACCAAAAGGAGUGGAAUUAACAUUGAAAAGCGGAGGCCUGCCUCUUGUCUUUUCUUAUUACAGGUAACAAGAAUAAAGAAUGAUGAAAGGGAGGAUCUUAAGGUUCUGGCUACUGGGGUUGCUGCUGCUUUGGCCUCUAGGAAGCCAUCAUGGGUUUCAGAUGAAGAGUUUGGCAUGGGAUAUCUUGACUUGAAGCCCCCAGCUGCAUCAAAAUCUCAAUCUGGGGCUGCAGCACCUAUGCACAGUAGUUCUGCAACUAAUGCUUCUCAAAAUGAAGUCAGCAGUGCGAAGGUGCGAAUCACUGGCACCCACCAUGGCGACUUUGGAAUUUCAUCAAGGGAACAGAUAAGUAGAGGAAAAUCUUCAGAUGGGAGGCUGGACAAAAUGGAAAGUGGCUCGCACGUAAAAUCUGAUGCUGGGCAUCAGAAAUUAAAGGGUGUUUCUUCUGCUGAUGGAGCAGCAGAUGGUCAGUUAUCUGCACCAUUGGUCGCGGUUCAAGCUGGGUCGUCAAGGUCAGCCGAAAAUCAGAAACAAUUGGAGAAAUUGGGUAAUAGAGAAGUGGAUGAAUCAACUAUCAGGCUUGCUUCGAGGAGCUCUGUGGAGUCGGAGACAAAGACUUCUGCAAAACGAACAAUUUCUGCUGGAGUAGCUACCAAGACACUGAAGCAAGAUCCUACUAAGGAUGAGAGCAAAAUUGGAAAAUCUGUUGGCAGAAGUUCUACCAAUGAUAGAGAGGUUCCUGGUUCAGCAGUUGUUUCUUCAGCAGUUGCAUCAAACGGUAAUGCAAUUCCAUCAUCUGCUAAAGCAGCUCCAUCUGCCAGAACAUCUGAUACUUAUCAUAAUAAUGACUUAAAGGCAGAUGCCGGAGUUCCCAAAUCUGCAGAUGCAUCUGAAAUCGCUGAUGUGCAGAAGAUCCCGUUUCGGCUUGUUCAUUCUCCUAGGCAUGAGGGCUCUAUUUCUACUUCGAGGUCUAGUGAUAAGUUGCUAAAGCGAGCAAGUCCUGCCGAUGAACCGGACAGAUCAGGAAAACGUCGAAGAGGCGACACUGAGUCCAAGGAUUUGGAAGGUGAAGCUCGGGUUUCUGACUGGGACAAGUCUACCGAUACUCGAUCAGUGGAAAUUGAUAAGAUGGGGAAUGAUGACCAGUCUUUGCAUAGAAUGACUGAGAAACCCUCAGAUAAAAGCAAAGAUAAGGCAAGCGAAAAUAAAUAUGAAAGAGACUUUCGAGAAAGAUUGGAUCGCCCUGACAAGUCUUCUUUGAGAGAUGAGAGUAUCCCUGAAAGGCCCCGAGAUAGGUCAAUGGAAAGAUAUAGAGAGAGAUCCACUGAGAGGGGCCAAGAAAGAGGUACUGACAGGGGGGGCCAUGAUAGAGUCCCAGAAAAGGCAAAAGAUGAAAGGAACAAAGAUGACAGAAAUAAAUUGCGCUAUAGUGAUUCAUCUACGGCUGAUAAAGCUCACGGCGAUGAUCGAUUUCGUGGUCAAAAUUUGCCUCCACCGCCACCCUUGCCUCCUCAUGUGGUUCCCCAGUCGGUAGCUGCGGGUAGAAGGGAUGAUGACUCUUCUGAUAGAAGGUUUGGAGCUAGUACCAGACAUGGGCAGAGGCUUUCUCCAAGAAAUGAUGAGAAGGAACGAAGAAGAUCAGAAGAGAAUUCUGUGGUCUCACAAGAUGAUGCAAAGCGUAGAAGAGAGGAUGAUUUUCGGGAGAGAAAGCGAGAAGACCGGGAUGGACUCAGUGUAAAGGAGAGAGAAAGAGAGAGAGAAAGAGAAAGAGAGAAGGUGAAUUUGUUGAAGGAGGAAACAGAUGCCGCUGCAACAUCUAAGAGGCGAAAGCUUAAAAGAGAGCAGUUGCCAGCAGGUGAAGCUGAUGAAUAUUCUCCAGUGGCCCCGCCACCACCUUCCCUUGGAAUGGGAAUAUCGUCUCAAUCAUAUGAUGGAAGGGACAGGGGAGAUCGCAAGACAGCCAUGAUCCAACGGGCAGGAUAUAUGGAAGAACCUCCUGCCAGAGUUCAUGGUAAAGAAGUGGUUAGCAAGGUGGCUCGUCGGGAUGUUGAUCCAAUGUACGAGCGAGAAUGGGAUGACGAAAAAAGGCAAAGAGCUGAACAGAAGCGGAGGCAUCGCAAGUAGGGCAGCAACUCCUGUUUGAAGCUGAGAUACACUAGUAGAAUCUUACACCUUUUAAUUUCCAGCUGUUAAACUUCACGCAGGCAUACUCUGUCAUAACAUCUCGAGUGGUGGAUGUGAUUUACUUGAUAAUGCUGUCAUUUCUUCCGUUUGGUUUCUGCCUGUUGUAAAGGCAGUUGGUCUCCACCAUUUUUGAAUGAUAGUUAUUCUGUAAAUCUAGCUAUGUAGAAUAGUGUUGUGUACUAUGGUAGAUGUUUUUUCCUGAAAAUUUGAGAAAGACUGAAAGGGAAAGAUAGGAUUAGUGUCAUCUGUUUGAUCGGUGUUGAAUUGAGGCGAUUGAUGGUUUUGUAAGUGAAAUGGUUAGUUCGUAGCUUAGGGCACACCGUGAUCCUGCUACUAAAGUGGACUCAUCUUUGUAUUAGUGGAGUCAACCGAGUGGAGGUGAUGCGGCUUUGUAACUUUGUGUUGUAAUUUUGAUAAAAAGAGUAAAACACUAAAACUGUCUAGUCUAGAAUAGGAAGAUUCGAAAUAUUUUG